CAGCUCAGUUAUAGCAGUUUUUAUUUCAUCCUGACUAGCUUUUACUCCUUUUAUCUCUGCAGAAAGGGAUUCUAAUCUAUUUUCAACCCCAGUUAGUAUUCUUAUUAUUGCAAUUCUAAAUUCUGUUUCAGACAUCUUGCUUGUAUCUGUGUUGAUUAAGUCCCUGGCUGUCAUUUCUUCUUGUUCUUUCUUUUGGGGUGAAUUACUUCGUUUUGUCAUUUUGAAGGAAGAAAAGGAAUUAAAGAGGUAAAAAAAAUUAAAAUUAAAAAAUUAAAACAACACACACAAAAAGUCAAAUAAAUGAUGCUAGAUCCUAGGUGUAUUUUGGUCUGGUUGUUGCAAGGAGCUUGAUAGAUUAAAGAGGUAAAAAAGAAAAGAAACAUUUGAAAAUUUGAAAAAAUGGAUACAGUGAAAUAGAAUAAGAUGAAAUGAUGGAAGUAAAAUAGAAUUUGGAAAAUUUACAAAAUGUGAAAAAUAUAGUAGAAAAAAUUUAAAGAAAAAUAUUUUUAAUAAAAAGUGAAAAUAAAAAUAAUUUUUUUCUCUUUCUGUUUUCAAGAAAAAGAAAACAAAUGAAAAAGAAGAAAAAAAUGGAAUAGAUGGACCAGUGAACAGACUGAAAUACAAUUGAAAUUGCAUCGUUUUCCCUUAGAAGUCAAACUAUGAAGCACUUUAUAGUCCAUAAACUAAGCAGGGGGAGAGACUUGUGUUCCUGAAGAGUGAGGUUGGCCCAGUUGGGCGGGGCUUAGUGUAACGGCUCCAUUCUCCACUAGAUGGCGCUGCUUAGCUUACGGGGUAGAUUGUUGUGGUGCUUAUAGGUACGUAUGCGCGUGCGCGGUAGCAGUGGCAAUGGCGUCACGCAUCUACCCAGUCUCUGUUACUGGAACCCUGUUCUCUCUGAUCAGCAAUCGCGCAACGUCCUUUGCCCCGGGCUACCCUGCACUGCCCGCUUUUACACCCUCCGUGACCAAGCCGUCAGGUUGCCAGGUGGCACCUCCUUCCUGAGUUUUACCUCCGAUGCGGCUGUGUUUCCCCACCCCUCACUUCUGAGGGACCGCGGCUUUGACCCGCUCCGCUCCGCCCCUCUGCGGGAGGGUCUCACCCAGACGGCCGGGUGCCGGCCGCCCGCAGGAAUGUUUGUGGGACCCUGCUGCUGCCAAUGCCCAGAGACCUCGGCCGGGUGCCAGCCACCCCAGAAAAAGUUCCCGCGUUUGUGUAGCAGCAGCGUUUCAGGGACUGUGGAAAAUCACAACACACACCUGGCACCGGACUUCACCCCAGCGACCUUGUUCCAGCACCAGCCAAUGUGGUUGUUCUCCAGGGUCUGCUGGGACCGGGUGGCUGCACGGCCUCUACCGAAUGUCCUUCCAGCAGGGGAACCGCUUCUCCCCGUGUGGCCUGAGAACCUCCCAGACCCCACUCUGCUCCUGAGGAUCCGCCCUUCCCACCAGAUCUCCGCCAGAACUCCUCUGACAGGGAGUCCAUCCUGAACAUCCUCCAGGUUCUCGGAGAUCUGCUUUCUGUUGGCACUGACCGAAGGAUUCGCUACAUGAUCAGUAAGGGUGGCAGUGAGGCCCUUCUGCAGACCCUGGUGGACACAGCGAGGGCAGCCUCUCCAGACUAUGAUGUCCUCCUGCCCCUGUUCCGGCUGCUGGCCAAAGUUGGCCUACGAGAUAAAAAGUUUGGACAGAAGGCACUGGAGUUGGAAGCACUUGAUGUCACGUUAAUUCUGGCCAGGAAGAACCUAUCUCACAGUCAGAACCUCCUCCACUGUCUCUGGGCUCUGCGUGUGUUCUCCUCCAGUGUCACCACAGGAGCCAUGCUGGGAAUUAAUGGAGCAAUGGAACUUCUUUUCAAGGUCAUCACCCCUUACACCCAGAAGCGCACCCAAAUAAUCAGGGCCGCCACCGAAGUUCUGGCAGCAUUGCUGAAAUCCAAGUCUAACAGCCGCAGGGCUGUGAACAGAGGCUACGUCACCAGCUUGCUCAGGCUGCAUCAGGACUGGCACGGCCAUGACACAGCCAAUACCUAUGUGCUGAUCCGCCGGACGCUUCUGCUCUGCCUCAAGCACAUUGCCAACCUCCGGUCUGGCAGGGAGGCCUUCCUGGCAGCUCAGGGCAUGGAGAUCCUCUUCAGCACCACACAGAACUGCCUGGAUGACAGAAGUUUGGAACCCAUCGUCUCCGUCGUAGUUCAGAUCCUGAGACAGUGCUACCCAAAGAGCCCACUUCCCUUGGUCACAGCCACCAGUGCCUAUGCCUUCCCAGUCCCUGGGAGCAUCCCUUCCGAACCUCCGUGUGUUCUAACUGAAGAGGAUUUUGAAGAUGACGCUGAUGAAGAAGUUGAUAAAGAUUCAGAUUCUGAAGAGGUGAAAGACCAAGAUGAUGAUUUGGAAACAGAUGUGAACAAGCUGAGUUCCAAACCUGGUCUUGACCGACCCGAGGAGGAACUGAUGCAGUACGAGGCAAUGUGUCUUGAGCUCUCCUGCAGCUUCGAGGAACUCAAGUCUCAAUCUGGAGAUGAUUUGAAGUUCGAAGAGACUCAGUAUGCCAAUCAUCACCACAUUCCAACUGUCGCCUCCCCAAAGUGGCAUGGUUUGAAUAAGGACCAAAGUUCUUGGAAGCAAGGAAGAGAAGACAUGGUCCAGACUUCCCUUCUGAGCAAGGUGAAGAUGGGGAGGUCCACCAUGCAUCCAGCCUCCAGAAAAGGACCUGGGAUGAACCCAUGCCAAAACAUGCAAUCCAAUGGAUUUGGGAUAGAUUCUUCUGGAAAAGAAAUCCCUGACAUUCAAGCUUCCCUCAAACAGGAUGCUUGGGACAUAGAUGUUAUUUCCUGCCCAAUGAUUAGUGCCUCCUUUUCCAAUUCCGCUAGGCCUAGAGAAACUGAUGAAGUAAUAGAUAAGCUUCUGCAGACACAUCCCAAGCCUGUCCCCUUCCAUGACCCCUGUCUCUAUAUGGCCAAAGCAAGAAGAACCAGAUCUGUGGCCGACUUCAAGACGAUGGCAUUUCCUGACCUCUGGGGACAUCGUCCACCACCCUCUGCCCAGUCGAUGUUGGAACGCAAAUGUGGAGUCCAAAGGAUCAAGAUAUUUGAGGAUGUCCGGAGGCUCAUCCAGCCAACUGAUAUUAUAAAUAAAGUCGUCUUCAGUUUAGAUGAGCCUUGGCCUUUGCAAGACACUGCUUCCGAUUGCUUGCGGUUCUACUCCAAGUUUGAGUCAGGAAAUCUCCGGAAAGCCAUCCAAGUGCGUGAGCUGGAAUAUGACUUGCUGGUCAACGCUGAUGUGAAUAGCAGCCAACAUCAACAGUGGUUCUACUUCAAGGUGAGCGGCAUGAGAGCUGCUGUUCCGUACCGCUUCAACGUCAUCAACUGUGAGAAGCCCAACAGCCAGUUUAAUUACGGAAUGCAGCCAACUCUGUAUUCUGUGAAGGAGGCUCUUCUUGGCAGACCCACCUGGAUACGGAUGGGCUAUGAAAUCUGCUAUUACAAAAAUCAUUAUCGCCAGAGCACUGCUGUCACAGGGGGAGCAUCUCAGAAGCAUUUUUAUACCCUCACCUUUGUGGUCAACUUCCCCCACAAUGAGGACGCCUGCUACCUGGCCUACCACUAUCCCUACACCUAUACUGCCCUCAUGACUCACCUUGACAUCCUGGAAAAAAGCGUGAACCCCAAGCAAGUAUACUUCCGCCAGGAUGUUCUCUGCCAGACUCUGGGAGGGAAUUCAUGUCCAUUGGUGACCAUCACAGCCAUGCCCGAGUCCGAUAGUGCUGACCACCUGGAACAGUUCCGGCAGCGUCCAUGCCAGGUGAUCACGGCCCGAGUGCACCCAGGAGAAAGCAAUGCCAGCUGGGUGAUGAAGGGGGCCUUGGAGUUCCUGGUCAGCAGUGACCCUGUGGCUACACUCCUGAGGGAAAACUUCAUUUUCAAGGUCAUCCCCAUGCUCAAUCCCGAUGGUGUCAUCAAUGGCAAUCACAGAUGCUCACUGAAAGGGGAGGAUUUGAACAGACAAUGGCUCUCUCCCAGUGCCCAUCUCCAGCCAACAAUCUACCAUGCCAAAGGACUCCUGUACUACCUGAGCAGUAUUGGCCGAAGUCCCAGGGUCUUCUGUGAUUUUCAUGGCCACUCUCAAAAGAAGAAUGUGUUCUUUUAUGGUUGUAGCAUCAAGGAGACCUUGUGGCAAGCAGAGUCCGCUAUGGGCACAUCUACUGUCUUGGAAGAUGUCGGCUACAGGACUCUUCCCAAAAUCCUUGAUAAGCUAGCUCCAGCAUUCACGAUGAGCAGCUGCAGUUUCCUCGUGGAGAAAUCCCGAGCCUCCACAGCCCGGGUGGUGGUGUGGAGAGAGAUGGGGGUGUCCAGAAGCUACACAAUGGAGAGCAGCUACUGUGGCUGCAACCAGGGGCCCUAUCAGGGUCUACAGUUUGGAACCAGUGAACUGGAGGAGACGGGAGCCAUGUUCUGUUUGGGUCUCCUCAUCUUGGAGCUCAAAUCUGUGAGCUGUAGUCAUCAGCUCCUGACCUGUGCAGCAACUCUCCUGAAUGCUGAGGAAGAGGCUCUGGACCACCACCUCCAGCGAUGCAGCAGCAGCAGGAGCAGCGCCACUUCAGAACUGGAUGAUGAGCCCCCCUGCAUGGAGGAGAUUGAUUACAGUACAGACAACAGCUCAGACCAGGAAGGAAGCUUCUCUGAGCUGGACCGGCAGAUCCAGGAGUGUGCUUUCAACAAGGAUGAGGGAGGGGAAGAGGAGGAGGGGUCAGGACAGGGAAGAAAAGCCAUCCCAUAGCCCCAGGGUUGUAGUGAGUUCCAAGUCCCUAACCAUUGGACUAACGGCUAAGUAGUUUCUUCACCAUCAGAAACUACAGUGUUGGUGCAAAAAACCAGCCCACGUGAGUUCAGCAACCUAUUUCCAGAUUUUGUUCUAGUGUCACUAUGCAUAGAGACCGGCUACUUCAUAAUUAUACCAUUUUACAGACAUAGUUAGGUGGCCUUUGGAGCCCUUGCAUGCUGCCAUUAUGCUAGAAUGGGCUGCUUUCAGGAUUACCAUGGAUCCUCUCAACACUAUUUUGCGCUCCUCUCCAUUCCUAUGCUUGAAGUCGGAGCAGACUGGAAGGAGGAGUUGAGGCUACUUUUUGGCUUCUCAGCCAGAUUUCUAUGUGGUUGUUUAAGUUGUUCUAAAUAUGAGUAUUACCUCCUAUUGUUGUCUUCCUACUAUAGCAUCUGAGCUCCUCAGCACAAAUUGUGAGCCCUACUGAGACUUCUGAGAGUCCUAGCAGCAUAUUUAGUUUCUGAAUUAUUGAACACGAAAGGCUGCACAACCAAAAAUUUGCAAGCAUCAUGCUUGGUCUGUUUUAACAGUAUAUAUUUUACAGAUCCAGUAUAAACCAGGACCCGUCCUAGGUUCUAAGGGAGAAGGCACAAUCCUGAACAAGACAUGGCCAAUGGUUUCUACAAACUUGAAAAUCCUAUGAAUUCAGGCCACUAACCAUAAUGCUGGGAGGCAGCAAGCCAUACUGGAAAAAUCAUUCACUUCAGGCUCAGACAGAUGUGGCUCAUAUCUUGAAUCUGGCAGUCACUUGUUAUGAGAACUAAGGCAACUAAUUAAAUUUCCCCAAACCUCAGUUUUCUUAUACAUACAAUUGAGAUGAACAUGUCUAUAUCAUAUCUUUAUCAUAGUUAUCAUAAAGAUGAAACAAGAUAAUAUAUAAUAAUAUAAAGGAUUGGCACAUGAUAGACACUCAACAAUGUUGGCUUCUUUUCCUCCAUAGUACAAGUAGAACAUUCUGUAUGAGUACUUUCACAGUUACACAAAACAUUACCUAAAGCCACAUGGUUGGAAAGUACUCCCUCUUCCUGGAGGGGAUUGGGAAGGAGGUUACAUAGGAGCAGAGUGUAGGAGGUUGGAAUGUCAUAGAAUAAGUGAAAUGGAGCAAGAGCCUUCAGCAUGCAGAGGCAAAUAGAUUAGAGAUUUAGACGAUGACAUAUACAGGGCCCAUGCAGAAAGGAUGAGAAGGGGCAUGGAAGACAGGUACUGAAUGACAGAUAAGAUGGAGAAAGUAGGGUAGAUCAAACUUACAUUUGUCCAGAUGACGUAUAUAUAUUUAGUUAUGGUUAGGUUUGGCUCUGAGAGAUGGAAAAUCCAAAAUUGCAGUAGCUUUUGUGAAACAGAAGUCUAUUUCUCUUUUGUGUGGUUUCCAUAUAGAGGUAGGCCAGAGCUGGUAUCAUAAGUACAUGGUGUCCAGCACUCAACUUGUAUGGGCUUCCAGGUCUGCUGUGUGUUGGUUGGUUUUACUCUUAAUCUAAGAUGGCUGCUAAAGCGUCAGCCUUUGUAUCUACAUGUCAGCCGGCAAUAAGAAAGAUAGAAAAAGAAGAACACAGUCUCUGUAUUUCAAAAGCCAUGCGUUAUGCUUCUCCUUAAUCCCACCAUCUAGAAAGAGGUCCUAUGACCGCAGGUAGCUGCAAGAGAGGUUGGAAAAUAUAGUUUUUAUUUGAGGUGGGCCUAGGGAAAAGGAAAUAAUACAAACUGGAGAUCAAAUACUGCCAAAUACUUUCCUUGAUAAACCAAUCACCACCAAGAGAUUUGGGAAACAAUCAUCUCAGAAAAAACUCAUAGCAACCCUCUAGACCAGCAGAAAACCACACAGUAAAACUUUGCCAUAAUGUAGCCCCAAGGCAUAGGAGAAAGUCAUGUGUGUUAUGAUUUAAGGAGCUGAUGUUAUUAUUAUUAGUAGUAGUAUUAUUAUUACCACUACUAUUAUUAUUUAUAGUCUCUUCUUUUUCCAACUCCCUUCCAAAUUUCUUUGCUAUAGUUCAGAAAUCCUAUAUCCAUUCUUUGCACCAUGACACUCAGAUGUCUAUAACAUAUAUAAGAGGUUUAAGGGAAAUAACAAAGACAUUGAAUUCAAAUCCCAGAUAACAGCAGUCCUGAACUUCUCUCAUAAACCUUUCCACUCUUAAAUAGAAGAUAACAUAAAGUUUCUGUUCUUUCCUUGUUUUGAGGAGUCGAGAAGAUAGUUUUGCUGAAAAUGUAACUGUCGGGAAGGACAGAAAUAAUACUAACUCAUCAUCACCACUUUGUUCCCCAGCUCAAAUUAGUUUAUGGGAUGAGCUUCUCAUUACCUGAUAGAUUUCUGAGAAGAAAGUGAUCAGGACAUUGUAAAUUUCUAUGCAUGUUCGGGGAAAGCCAGGGACAUGGAACAUGUGGUUUGUCUAUAUAACAAGCAUAUAUUGAACACCUAUUAUGUGUCCUGUACUUUACUAAGCUCUAAGGAUGCAGAGAAAAGGACCCACUCUGCUUGAAGAUGUUUGCAGUUCAGUGGGAAAGAUGAGCAAUACACACUUUAAUACAGUGGCACAUGCCUUUGUGAAGCUUGUGUUGGUAGACAAUGUUGGAAUCACCAAAUCUAAUGGAGCAGCAGUGGUGGGAAACAUUACCAAGAUGUGAUAAUUGAAGUGAUUCUUGAAGGAUGUACAAGGGUUUUCAGGUAAAAAGGAGAAGAAGGAUGCUAAGAAGUAGAAAGAGAUUGUGCAAAAGCCCUGUGUUGGGGUUACAGCUUGAAAUAAAAUGAUGAGCAUGACCGGCUUAAAAGAUGUGUUUGCAUGCGGGUAAGGGAAGGGAGUGACAAGAGAUGAAAUUAAGAUUGGCAUCGAGAUGAUCAAGCAACAUUUGACGUGCCUUGAUGGAAAAGUUGAAUUUUAUUCUGAAUGUGCUGGCAGAGACAAGGAAUGUUCCGCAGAAACAUGCCCAGGAGUGAUGUCUGCAGGCAUGCAUCAGCACCACUGCAUAAGUACUUGCUUAUGACUGACGGAUUGGACACCCUGCUGUGCUGGUAGUUCAAUAGCAUGAGUACCCUAGUGUAACAUUUCCAUAUUUGAAGAUCAGCAGGUUUGCAGUGAGGUGAGAGAUAAUGAGUGCAGUUUAGGGCCAUGUUGAAUACUGGGGGCCCAUGAUAUGUCCAUUUGGAAAGGACUCCUAGAAGCCAGAGGUGCAUCAGUAGAAGGAGAGUUAUGUCCUGUGAGAUAGGGACUAUGUGGAAGUCUUGAACAAGUAAGCCCAGGUGCAAAUCAGCUGGGAAGGAGUUUGUUUGUAGGGAACAGAGGACCUGGAGAAAGAGCUUACUUCCCUCUCUUGCCACUGGGACUGAAGGCCAUUCUGUGUCACACCUCACCAGUGUUCAGUCUGGGGGGAAGAGAGGACUCACUGGGAAGUCAACUCCACAUAGUCAUAGGAGUGGCUCUUCCAGCCUGGCCAGACGUGUCUCUUGCUGGCCAAACCACUAUGGUGAACUGUUCUGAAUACCCUCUUCUACCAAACUCAGAGCCAAACAAGAUCACUCAACAAUUCCUGGGAGUGGGAGGCUCCAAUGGGAAGCAGAUGUGGUUCAAAGUGUGCAGGGGUGGGAUGAGAGUCUAGAGAAGUGAUGUUGGGGCCAGGUCAUGGCACAGGUGUCGUGUAUCCGUCGUUAUCCAGUGCUCUGUCUGGCAGGGGUGUGGGUGGGGAUGCUUCCGUUUCCUGGGGGAGCCCUGUGCACUUUCUCUGAUGGGGGCAAAGGGGGGUAGCUUGCUUGUUAUGUCUUUAGGAUAGUCCUAUUGAGGGUAGAGAAGCACAAUGCUUCUUGCGAUCCCAUAAGGAUCAUACUUCCAUGAUCCCUAAGGGUGGAAUCUACUGGCUGCUCUUGACACUUUCCUGUGAUAGAAAACUUCUUAGCUUCAUAGUUCCUACAGGAAAAAGAUCCCUGCACAACCUGGCCCCAAUCUUCUCUACAGACUCAGGUUCCGCUAUUAUCCAAACUCUUUAGUUUGCCAUAGGACACAGCUUUAUUUUAUCCCAUCACACAUAUACAGUGUGUGUGAACACACACACACACACACACACACACACACACACACACACACACACACCACUUCUUGAGCCACAUAGCUCCAUAAAAACCCUCUGAAUUUUCAAACAUGAUCCCAUUUUUCUUCUGUCUCUGGUGAGCAUCUCCCAUUAUAUCAUGUGGGGGUUGCAAGGCCCAGUUCAAAUAUCACCUUUCUUCUGUAAAGCCUUUCCUAAUCACCAAGCCAAGUUAUAUCAUCUCUCUUCUGUGUCCCUGUUGCACUGUUUAGGCAUACCUUCUAAAGCACGCUUUCUAGUUACAAUUUUAUUUGUGCAUUUUUUAUAGCCCCACCCCCAGUGGCUGAUGGGUGGAUUCGUCUAAGACACACGCCCCUGAUAUUUUCUUGCUAUCUCUCCCUGCAUCUAGCAUACUUCUUGACACAUCGAAGGCAGUCAAAUGUGUCUUCCCCCCGCCUCAAACCUGAACACCUAAGGUCUCAGUGAAAUCCCAUAUAUUUCCCUUAAAUCCCUUCAUCUUCCAUCUCAAAUCAGAGUUUGUGUUACAGGAAAGGUAAGUGAUUUCACUAAAAGGGUGCCUACCAUGUGCACAUCUCAGCCUCCCAAACUGACAGUUGCCACGGAAGACUGUUUCCCAUGGGAGGCAAGCUUAAGAAGGAACAGAGUGGCCUUGCCCUGGCCUGUAUUGUGCAAAUGUUUAGAUAGAGCAGAGAAGACAUAGUAGCAAAAUCUCUAAGAGUCGCCAGUGGCUGCAGUAUUCAUCCAGGUGCUUUGGACCACAGGCUCGCUUCAGUGGGAGCUGGCACAUGGCUCCCUGUGCCUCGUGCCAACUUGGCUGCCUGGCCACUUCUUGCAAUCUUUUCAGUGAGAAUCCAAAAACUCCAUCCAUUGGCUCCAGUUGCUUCCAGUCCUCCAGAAAAAAAGGAUUCAGAGCCACAGGGAACAUUUGAAAAUAACCUAAUUCUUGAGUUACAAGCUCACCUUGAGGGAUGCCAACACAAGUAAGGUCGCAUUACAUCCCUAAGAGGAGGAGUUCUCAUGCACAGCUUUUAUUUCCCAGCCUGGACAGCCGAGCUGUAGAGUUGGUUUCAUGUUCCAAGGGGAGCCUCUGCUCUCUGCCAAGAGAAGGAGCGUCCGUGAAAUGCCUGCCAUAAGUCAUCCUUGUUAGGGACUCAGGACAGUGGCCUGCAUGGUGGGUCUGAACAUUUGCAUUGGCAUUAGAGUGAUAGAUUCCCUUAGCCCUGCUGGUCCACCCUGCUCCAGCCCCCUAAAGGCUCCAGUCUUGGAAAGACACAGACACAGUAGCCUGGGUACUCACCAUGAGAGCUUUUUUUUUGGGCAAAAAUAAUUCAUUAGGUCUGGAGCCUGCUGCUGUCUUCUCAACAGAUGUCCUCUUUUGUUCAUGCAGCACUUUGGCUUCAUGAGUGCCCAACUGAUUCUUGAUAAAGAGUGUUGUUUAGAAAAAAGAAAGCGGUAAAAAGACAUUUUUGGGUAAAAAUGGAUUGUAUUAUGGUCUUUCAGUGCCUAAUAAAAAGAGAAUACAAUUGCAUAUGACUUAAAAUCAUCUACUGCACGCAUUUCAACACAAUGGAGAUGGACUUGAGCUUGAGUUCCCUACCAUACAACACACACACACACACACACACACACACACACACACACACACACACAAUGUAGGUGCAGGGUAAAGCCUAUAAACAGAGUGAGUGAGGGAAAAUUCAUUAUCAGACUCAUGAUUACAAAAGCAGGGCACCGCUAGAUAGUGCCUUUGCCCCAUACUGCCACACACAAAUUGAGAUGGAAAACUUUUGGGGAGAAGGUGAGGCCCUCUCAUCAGCAUAUGGCAUAAACUGGUCUUCUAGGAUGUAUAUAUUUUGAGCCUGCUUUGGCCACGAAGAAAAAUGGAUUCAGUUCUCUUUGGAAGAGACUGCAUACUUGUGGAAGAAUUACCAAAUAAACCACAUCUGGGUCUCAUGACAAGACAGAAUAGAGCAAUGGAUGGGAGCCUGGAACAACUGGUUAUUCUGAUUAGGAGUUUCUGAUGAUCUUUUCUAGGGUGAAUGGGGUUAAAAUGAUUUCUUAGCAGCAGACACGUAUUACUACCAACCCCCACUCCCCCUCCCAAAAUGUUACUAAUAAUAAUGAAGUACAGUUGUUGGGAACAAUUCAUUUGAGGUAUCUGAGUGUGGCUUCAUUCUCUGGGGGUCAGGACAAGAAGUGGUGUCGAGGUCAGUUCUGUAUACUAGCUGUGGGACAGAGUGAGGGAGCAAACAGACUGACCGCCCUGCUGGCCAGAGUAUGGAAGUUGAAUGAAUGGAUGUUCUUUGACAGAAUUGUAUCAACCGAUCCCCACCCAUGCCUCAGUCUGAAGAGGAAGUUAUUUUAAAAGGUAUUAGGGGAGGAAAACCUGUCUUCCUACUCGGCUCAUACUCUUUUAAGCUCUCACUACCAUUCUGUGUAAUAGAUGGGCAUCAUUAUUGCCACUUUCUUUUUUUAAAAAAAUAUUUAUUUAUUUAUUUUUGAGAGAGAGGAGGCGUGGGCGUGUGAGCGGGGGAGGGGCAGAAAGAGGGAGAGAGAGAAUCCGAAGCAGGCUCCGUGGUGUCAGCACAGAGCCCAAUAAAGAGCUCAAUCCCAUAAACUGAGAUCGUAACUAAGAGCCAGACGCUGAACUGACCGAGCCACCCAGGCACCCCAAUUGCCAGUUUCAAAGUGAGGUUCAGUUGUACUUAAAGUACUUUCAGUAGAUGAUGGGGCUGAUUUCUGCUCCCAGAAAAGUUCUGAUUUCCCACUCGAUGCUACCGUUAACAUGUACUGAACAUGAAUACCUUCCAUGUACAGUAGUCUAUGACCACUGCAUGUGUAGUCGUGUUACGCUUCACGCGCUAACCCUGUGAGGUAAGCCCUCUUGUUUUCCUUCUUCGACAGGUGAGGUUUCUCAGCAUAAGAAGGCAAGCACUUGCCUGUGCUUAUGCAGCCAGUAUGUAGUAGGACCAUGGUUUCGACACAGGCGGUCUGACCCCUGGGUCUGCACUCCAAGGGAAAAGCGGCUCUUCAAACACCCCUGAGGGCUUUCCAGAAGCCACAGAGUAAUUCCCUGUCUCCACGAAGGGCGGGAUCGUUGUUGUCUUCAAUCCUUGAUUCAAAUACAAAUAACUUGUCCUGGACAUCCCUGCUUAAUGCCCCCUACUCCACCUCAAACACAUAGGUUCAAAGUCACUUCCUCAUGAUUUCCUCCAAGUUCCUAAACUUGUUCACCUUGACAAGGAGUCUGUGUUUUCUUGCUUUUUUUGUGUGUCCAACUCACAGCCCAAUGUCUGACAAAGGCAGGCACUCAAACCUUCACAAAACACAUGAAUCCACAAGUCUUGGCCAAGCCUGGCUCUUAGCUUUGGUUUGAACCCACCUGUCCCCUGAUCUUUCUUCCUGAUUCACUUCUCACCUGGGUUUCAGCAGUGGUUUCCCCCACUGCUCUCCUCACCUGUGAUUUUGCCUCCUUUACAGCCCUUCUCUGUGCAGCCCGAUGAUAUUUGGAAUGAGCAUUUGUUUCCAUUUCUGCUGCUUACAAUCUUUUGGUGGCCUCCCACGGUCCCAAGGAUAAAAGGCAAAUGGAAGCCAGUACCUGAGCCCUUAGGGAUCCAGCCACUGGCUAACUUUCUGGUAUCCUGUCUUAACACAAGCCCCUACCAAAGUCAUAAAACAACAGUUUCAGUUUCUGGAAAGCACUUUACUCUUUUGCUCUCUCUGCUUCCACCUCUGUGCCUUAUUCUAUUUAUCGUAUCCUAUAUGUAUCCUCCUCCCCGUAGCCUUCCCUUAUCUGACUCUGAUGUAGAAACCACGUCAUAGCUUUGGCUGCGUGGUAUUACCUAAAGGUUUGUCUAUCUCUCCCCACCCCUCCCCCCCCCCCCCCCCCCCCGCCACUGCCCCACAUCAGACUUUGCAGUUUUUGGAGAAGAGAGAUGAUGGUGUUCACUGCUAUAUGCUGAGGGCCUAGCACUGUGUCCAAGACAAGAGGGCCUUCGUUAAAUAUGUGUUGAAUGACUGAGAUCUUAAUUUCCAUUCCAAAGGUCUCCUGAGAAUGACCUCCUACCCGUUGCCUCAGUAACCUAUUAAACAUGAAUAGCGGAGCUGCAGAAAAGUAGGGCACGCCUGUGUCCAGCACAAUCAGAGCAGCAAAGAAGCAUCCAGGAAAAAUCUCCCUCAGCUCCUAGUCUGUGAUGCCUCCUGCUCUGUAAUUUUCCAGAAGAAGCUUCCUUUUUUUUUUUUUCCUCCAAAUGGCCUGUAGAGGUCAGAAAAGGGCCUUGGUUUCAGAUCUCCAACUGUCCUCUGCCUGCAUUAGCAUUCACCCUGGGUGUCUACAAUUAGGCAAACUUAGGCGCUGCACAUAGGAGCGGAAAUGCAUUGACUUUAAUAAAACAGAGUGUAAAACAACUUUAGAUUGACUCCAGCCUUGUUUAUUCUUGCACACUUGUAAUUCUGGUUCGGUAUAUUCCCAGUGAAAGAGACCAUUGUCCUGGGAACUGAAGCUUUUCCUUUCUCCAUGGCUCCUGCAGCCAGUCCGUGGAGGCGAGCAGCACCAGCUCCCUGCUCCUGACUCAUAGCAAAAAUGUUUUUGUUUCUUAAAGAAAAACAAUGACAAAUUGGAGUGCGGGUACAAUGAGAGGAGCUCCCACUGUCCUU